ACCCGGAGCCGGCUCUCAACCCUGGCAGAGAUAGGUCCCGGCGUCUUUUGUGGGGAGGGUUGAGGGCAGGUUUUCGGCUGAGUUACUCCACCGCUUCCAAGAACCCUAGAGCUGGGACGUCGCCGCGCUGCAUCCUUCAGCUAGGUGAAGGUCUGAUGGACAGACCCUUUCCAGUGACUUUGCAGCCUUUUUCUUCAUGUGGAAGUUGGAAGGCAGAGUGAAAGAGGCCAAAAGUUACCUGCUUUGGUGAAUAACUUGGUUCUCAGACCAUGGGCCCUCGUUUAAAGCUGCAGCUGUGAUCCUCGGCUGUCUGUUGGCAUUGAAGGGACCUGAUGUUUUACGUUAUUGGUGGAAUCACAGUGUCUGUGGUUGCAUUCUUCUUCACAAUUAAGUUCCUCUUUGAGCUUGCCGCGCGUGUAGUCAGCUUCCUUCAGAAUGAGGACCGUGAGCGCCGAGGGGACCGAACUAUUUAUGACUACGUUCGGGGAAAUUACCUGGAUCCCCGGUCCUGCAAAGUGUCCUGGGAUUGGAAGGACCCCUAUGAGGUGGGCCACAGCAUGGCCUUCCGAGUGCAUUUAUUCUAUAAGAAUGGGCAGCCUUUCCCUGCACAUCGGCCUGUGGGACUGAGAGUUCACAUCUCUCAUGUUGAGCUAGCAGUAGAAAUUCCAGUGACCCAGGAAGUCCUUCAGGAGCCCAAUUCCAAUGUGGUAAAGGUGGCCUUCACUGUGCGCAAGGCUGGGCGUUACGAGAUUACAGUGAAGCUUGGUGGAUUAAAUGUGGCCUAUAGUCCCUACUACAAAAUUUUUCAGCCUGGAAUGGUGGUUCCUUCCAAGACCAAAAUUGUGUGCCAUUUUUCUACUCUUGUGUUGACAUGUGGGCAGCCACAUACCCUUCAAAUAGUACCCCGAGAUGAGUAUGACAACCCUACCAACAAUUCCACAUCCUUGAGAGAUGAACACAACUAUAGUUUGUCCAUUUAUGAGCUUGGCCCACAAGAAGAAGAGAGCACUGGAGUCUCAUUUGAGAAGUCAGUGACAUCAAAUAGGCAGACUUGCCAGGUGUUCCUGCGACUCACCCUUCAUUCUCGUGGUUGCUUCCAUGCUUGCAUUUCAUACCAAAAUCAGCCAAUCAAUAAUGGCGAAUUUGACAUUAUUGUCCUUAGUGAGAAUGAGAAGAAUAUUGUUGAACGCAAUGUGUCCACUUCAGGAGUGAGCAUUUACUUUGAGGCUUAUCUUUAUAAUGCUACCAACUGUACCAGCACACCAUGGCACCUUCCACCCAUGCACAUGAGCUCUUCCCAGCGCCGGCCCUCCACUGCUGUUGAGGAGGAGGAUGAAGAUUCACCCUCAGAGUGCCACACCCCUGAGAAGGUGAAGAAACCAAAGAAGGUGUACUGCUAUGUGUCACCAAAGCAAUUCUCAGUGAAGGAGUUCUACCUGAAAAUCAUUCCCUGGCGUCUUUACACAUUCCGAGUAUGCCCAGGAACAAAAUUUUCAUACCUUGGGCCUGACCCUGUUCAUAAACUCCUCACAUUGGUGGUGGAUGAUGGCAUUCAGCCUCCUGUGGAGCUCAGCUGUAAGGAGAGGAACAUUUUAGCAGCCACUUUUAUCCGCUCACUGCAUAAGAACAUCGGAGGCUCUGAGACCUUUCAGGACAAGGUGAACUUUUUUCAGCGAGAGCUUCGGCAGGUACAUAUGAAAAGACCACAUUCCAAAGUCACCUUGAAGGUCAGCAGACACGCCUUGUUGGAAUCGUCUCUGAAGGCCACUAGGAAUUUCUCCAUUUCAGAUUGGAGCAAGAACUUUGAAGUGGUUUUCCAGGAUGAAGAAGCUCUGGACUGGGGAGGGCCUCGCCGGGAAUGGUUUGAGCUAAUCUGCAAAGCACUGUUUGAUACCACCAGUCAGCUCUUCACCCGGUUCAGUGACAACAACCAAGCAUUAGUGCAUCCCAACCCUAAUCGCCCAGCUCAUCUGCGCCUGAAGAUGUAUGAGUUUGCAGGGCGGCUAGUGGGGAAGUGUCUCUAUGAGUCCUCUCUAGGAGGAGCCUAUAAGCAGUUGGUCCGUGCUCGUUUCACCCGUUCUUUCCUGGCCCAAAUCAUAGGACUGCGUAUGCAUUAUAAGUACUUUGAAACAGAUGACCCAGAAUUCUACAAAUCCAAAGUUUGUUUUAUCCUUAACAAUGACAUGAGUGAAAUGGAGCUAGUCUUUGCAGAAGAGAAAUAUAGCAAAUCAGGUCAAUUGGAUAAGGUUGUAGAACUUAUGACAGGUGGAGCUCAAACCCCAGUCACCAAUGCAAAUAAAAUCUUCUAUUUAAACUUGCUGGCCCAGUAUCGGCUGGCCAGUCAAGUGAAGGAGGAGGUGGAACAUUUUCUAAAAGGCUUGAAUGAGUUGGUCCCUGAGAACCUUUUGGCUAUUUUUGAUGAGAACGAGCUGGAGCUGCUGAUGUGUGGGACUGGAGACAUCAGUGUGUCUGACUUCAAAGCCCAUGCUGUGGUUGUUGGUGGUUCAUGGCAUUUCAGAGAAAAGGUCAUGAGAUGGUUUUGGACUGUGGUUUCCAGUCUGACACAAGAGGAGUUGGCUCGACUGCUUCAGUUCACAACCGGCUCUUCUCAGCUACCACCUGGAGGCUUUGCUGCUCUCUGUCCAUCAUUUCAGAUUAUUGCUGCCCCAACCCAUAGCACACUACCUACUGCACACACAUGUUUUAACCAGUUGUGCCUCCCUACAUAUGACUCCUAUGAAGAAGUGCACAGGAUGCUGCAGCUGGCAAUCAGCGAGGGUUGUGAGGGUUUUGGCAUGCUCUGACUUUUGUCCUAUCAUCUGCUUGGCACCCAUGCUCUCUGGAGCAUCUGGGCACUCAUUACAGACACAACCACUGACUCUAACACAUAUAACCAUCAGCCAGAAGAUACCGCAUGCUCCUACCCUAUGUCUGGAGUAUUUUAUCACCUGUGAGCCUUGUCCUUACCUCACCUCCUCCCUGCCCACAGGCACUUUUACAUGGGAUGUAAUCUGAGCUCUCCAGUCAGUCAUAGAAGAGGACCAUGCUGCUCUCAUUUCAUUUGGUCCUUUGAAGAUCUCAGUAACUCCAUCUGCCUCAGUGGCUGAGGGGGUUAUAUGCAGGGCUCAGCUCUGUGGGGAAGCUGGCAUGCCGAGAGCCUUAAGUCCAGCGCCCUCUGCUGAUACUCCUUGGAGGCACCCUCUUUGCCCUCACUACUUGACUGGCACGUGAGCCCUUCUCCUGGGUGUCUGGAUCGCCUCUUUUCCUCAGCAGCCAGGAGAAGCACAGAUGGAAAGUGACCCCCACAAGAAAUCUUUGAUUUUUGUCCUCCCACAUAAUGGCAGGCACAAAAAAAGACAUGGCACUGGAUUACCUCUAAAGAGAACUGAUAGCACAAAAGGAUCUCUUUGUGUCAGAACUGAAAAUGGUACUUUCCCUGCAGGCAUUUCUGGAAAUGAUUGUUAAUCCAUAAAGAACUCUGAGCUUUUUCUUGAAUUUGAGCCAGUGAGAAAAGCUGUCAGACUGAAGAAUGUAAAGGACAGCUGGGCUGUAGCCUCCAGUGUUGGGUGUGAUUCUCCCCUCGGUUGAGGGGCAUAUCCAAACAUGUGACUGACUUGAAGACUACUGAGCUUUUCCCUGAGCUUAUUCUUUGCACUGAGGCUGUGCCUAACCACUAACCUCCCAAGUUAUGCAGUCUGUUAAGAGCUGGGAAGUCUUUAGUGUUCUGCUGAAGAUACCAGUAGCAGAGGACUGGGACAGUAAAAAUAGCAUGCCAGCAAUUCCUCACUGUCUUUGCUUGGUGUUCUCUGGCAGCACUGAAACAAGGGAAUAGUGAUUACAGGUCCGUGUGCUCUAACCACUCUGGGAACAGACAUGGAGAUAGGUUAGGCAGUAAACAUCUAGCCAUCCCAGGUACUACCCUUCACUCCAUCAGUUACCAGGAAGGGGAACCAAGGAGGGAGGAAGGUAUAUUAGGUUCACGAUUGAGUGAUAGCUGAAGAGAACCUGCCACUGUCUCUUGGAAGAUGACGGCAUCCCUUUUCAUUGCUGUUUGAAUGAAAACAGUUUUAAGGCUCAAAAUCAUAUGGACUUCCCAAAUUUCUGUUUUUGAGAAGGCUUUGCUGCAAGCCACCAUUCCCAACGGGGCACUCUGAGAAUAUUACAAGCCAUCUUUAUUGCCAAAACCAGCAAGUACACAGAGUCCUGAGACAAGGCAGGACUUGUGGCAAUGCCUUGGCCUCUUGGAAGCAUGUCUGAGCCCUCCUGUUCCCAGGGACCAUGAGGAACAAGCCCUGCUGAGCUGCUACAGUUUCUGCCUGACCUCAUUCCUUUGCAGGCAUCAUUUGUCUUUUCUUGGCAUGGGUGCUGACCUCACUUAUCCUUGGGGUCUGGGAUCCUGCAUCAGGGCCUCUAUACCCCCAGGAUCCUCCAUGCCACAUGGUCACUGCUCUUCUCAGGGACCAGGACAAGGUGCUGCUGCUUUCCCACAUUUUCCCUAUAGGAAAUGUACAGUCAUUGCUCCUUGGGCCCUGAUGGGGCCUCCAGCUGGGGUACAUGAGCUCAUGAGCUGACUCGGAUGUUUUGGGCAGUUGUUUCUCUUCUGGAUUCCUCAUUCUCCCCUCCAGCAGACCUUCAGAGACUGAUGCUAGGGGCUGAGUUGAUUUACAUUUUAAACUCUAGUCAUGAACUUUUUCACAGUAUCCUAGACACCAUUGCAGCCCAGCUAGGGCAGCUGCAUCCCCAGGGUGGUCCUUCAGCUCCAGAGUCUUUGUUCAACAAAGCCCUUUGGUACUGUUGUGGUUUUCUAUUUCCGGUUUACUCUUUCUCUCCUAACUCUAUUCAAAAGUAUCUGCUGCU